UCUCAGAUCCCAUUAUUUACGGCGGCCUAGGCAAUCUUGAUUGUUAAAUUAAAAUACAUCUACUUUUUGGUUGUACGUUCUAGCAGCAAUAAGAAUGGCAACUGACAUAUCAUCAGACGAAGGGCUCCCCAAGAACCCAAAUAUGGAAUAUGCAGAGUUUCUUUUUGCUUUACAGUCGAAAAGCACAACAGCGGAUGAUAAGAAAGACGUGAAAGCGAAGCUCAUGAAAGAAAUUGUGGACAACAAUAUGGCACCUUACUAUGAAUACGUCUGCAAUGAGUUGCAGCUCCCAGUCGACCAAGGCUUGUUAGCAAAGAUGAAGGAAACAAAUAAGACUGAAGUUGAAAAACUUGAAGAAGCUGUUAAAGAUGCAGAAGAAAAUCUUGGUGAAAUUGAAAUAAGGGAUGCAAAGAUUGCCAAGGCAGAAUUUUUAAGCAAAAUUGGAGACAAGGAUGGAUCUCUUAAAGCCCUUAGAGAAGCAUAUGAAAAAACCACAACGCUGGGUCAUAAACUGGAUAAUGUGUUUCAUCAAAUUCGUAUUGGGUUCUUUUUCUUAGACCAUGAUAUCAUGUCUAGGAAUCUGGCAAAAGCCAAAACCCUGAUAGAAGAAGGUGGUGAUUGGGACAGAAGAAAUCGUUUGAAGGUCUAUCAAGGCUAUUACUCAAUGACUGUCAGAGAUUUUAAAACAGCAGCAACUAGGUUUCUGGAAAGCAUCUCUACUUUCACAUCAUAUGAAUUGAUGGAAUACAAAAGCUUUGUUGUAUAUACAAUUUUAGUGUCAAUGAUUGCAUUGGAGAGGACAGAAUUAAGAACAAAGGUCAUUCAGGGAGCUGAAAUACAGGAACAGUUACAUCAGUUGCCCUUAGCAAAAAAAUACUUGAAUUCAUUGUACGAGUGUCAUUAUGCAGAUUUCUUCCAAGCCUUGGCUGAAAUUGAGGUAAACCUCAUGAAAGAUCGCUUGUUGGAGCCUCAUUACACAUAUUACGUCAGGGAAAUGCGCAUCUUAGCAUACACCCAGUUGCUAGAAUCAUAUCGCAGUUUAACACUGGAAUACAUGGCUAAUGCUUUUGGAGUUACAGUUGAUUUCAUUGACAGGGAACUGGCUCGUUUCAUUGCAGCUGGUAGAUUAAACUGCAAAAUUGAUAAAGUUGGAGGCAUUGUAGAGACAAACAGACCUGACAGCAAAAACUAUCAGUACCAGGCUGUUAUAAAACAAGGAGACAAUCUACUGAACAGAAUACAGAGACUAAGCAGGGUCAUCAACAUUUAAAAAUCAUAUUUAUAAGAGAACAAAAGAUACUCUCUUUUAAACGUUAUCUGCUACCAAUACAUAGUGUUCAAUUUUUUUCUUUUAUUAAUCCAAUAAAGUUGGUUUCCAUUUUCAA